AUGGCCCCGCACGAGAACCUGUUCUUCGUCGAGAAGCACUACAACGACUCCCUGUACAGAGGCCAAAGGAAGGGAACGACGCACACGGACAGGGAGAUCCAGGCGGCGGCCAAUCUCCUGGGCCGCAGAGGCGUCGUCGCGGACGAGCGCACCGCGCUCGCGACGCGUCGCGCGCGCGAGCACGACCAGCGCAUCGAGCGCGUGCGCGCGAGCGGUGAAUCGUUGCGCGGCGGCGACGUCGUCAUCCUCGGCAUGGGCGGCGGCGGGCGGGCGGGCGCCACCUCGGGAGACGACGGCGGCGGGGGUAAGAGGGCGACGCGGGAGUGGGACGGAUGCGUCGCGCGCAUCGACGUCGCGAACCUCGCCGCGGGUCGGCACGGGACGACAAAAACGCGAAAACGGGGCGAAGACGAGUCCCCGCGACCGGUCCAAAAGCUCGACGCGGGUAACAGGUGGAAGACGGAGGCGAGGAUCGCCGCGGGGGGGACGGGCGGGAGCGCCGAGUUGGAACGCGCGAGACGCGCGGCGCACGCGUUGGACGGGGGAACCGACGCGCCGGGUGACGGGGCCUCGAUCGGGCGCCAGAUCCAAUCGUCCAAUCAUCCCAGUCAUCCCGACGACGACGACGACGACGCGCCCGUGGUGGUGUUACCCGAGGAUCUCGAGUUCGGCGACGACGGGUGGUCGCGCGGCGGCGGCGGCGCCCUAGACAGGGUUCGAUCCGGCGACCUCGCGGUUCCACGAAACGCCGCCCUCGAGCGCGAGAUAUCCGAGUCGGCGGCGAGAGCGGUUGAGCGAGAGGACGCGGAGGCGUUCGAUCGGGAGGCGGCACAGGCGGCGGCGGCGCAGCUCGCGGAGCGGGAUGCCGCGCGACGCCGGAAGCUGGCGGCGGCGCUCGCCGAACGACGGGACGUCGCGGCGGCGGGUGAAGGGCCCGCGAUGAGCGCGGAUUCGACUCAUGGGAAGAAGAAGAGGACGAGGAAGGGUCUGAAAAAAGCUCAUCUUUUGGUGUCCUUCGGCGGCGACGACGACGACGAAGACGCUUCGUUGGGCGCCUAG